AUGACUACCAUUGUGCCAGUCCCGAAAGAUUAUCCCAAGGAAAUCAUUGGUUAUGCGCAACCUUGGAUCGUGAGCCCAGGGGAUAACGUCGACAUCAAGGUCUCUUGUACCGAAGCCAGGUACAAUUACCGCACCGUCCGCGUCAUCCAGGGCCACGAGGGAGAGAAAAGCCCACGGCACAAGGAAGAGGAAAUCACAGAGAUCCCCCGCGGUUCUCGCGAUGGUCGAUACCAAGUGGCUCACAUCGGCUCGUAUGGCAAAGUCAAGGAUAUUGGUCUGACCGCAGGAGACGACGGGCUGAAGAUCUCCGUCUACGUGCAACCAUGGCUGAUCCCAUGCAACCACGUCCAGGCAAUCGUCUCUACUUUGGACGUCUCGAGCAAGACUGGAAUUGACGUGGUCCUCGAUCAGCAAGGGCAGGUUGAGUUUUGGGUCGGAUGUGGCGCUGACGUCCAAGUUGUUCGUUCCGGCUUCACUCCCGUCAAGCGGAGGUGGUUCAAACUCGACCUGACCGUUCGUGGAACGCAACUGGAGGCGGUCUUGACACCGAAAUCUCGCAUUACCGAACCGGCAGCAAAGCAGAGUGUGUUCACCGCUGAUUUGAAAGGCGCAUUCAAAGUCGCCGCGUGUACGCCAUUGCUCGUGGCGGCCAGUCGACAGGCGUCUCCUCAAGACAAGUUGCAGACGGCCGUUCCGACAAACAAGUACAACGGCCGACUCGACUCACUCGAGCUGAGAGCAACGGGGGCACGUGAGCGUGUCCUCGCCAAAUAUGAUUUCGCCAUCGAAAUCUCGAGUGAUCGUUUCUUCGAUGUCUCUCAAGCCAAGCGGCAUGGUGACUUGGUCAACGCGCCCACCCGAGCGAUGAAGGGCCACGACUGGGAUGGAUCGGAAACGGAUUGGACAAAGGCAAAGUAUGGUUACGGAGCCAUUCAUUUCCACGAAGACGAUUUGGACGAUGCCGAGUGGGACACGGAUUUCACGAUUCAAAUCCCCAAGGACGCCAGAUCGGGCGUGUACAGUGUCGUGAUCCGCGGCACUGACGACGAUGUUGGCGAGAACGUGGUCUUUUACGUGAGACCGACUCCAGAAACUACGGCCAAGGUAGGGGCUAAGGUCGCCAUAGUCAUGUCCACCUUUACCUAUCUCGCCUACGCCAAUGACCACAUGUUUGACCCCGACACACCCGCUCGUGCUGAAAUCCCUGCUGGUCUCGACAACCUGGAAUUCUACAAGGACGAGACGUUCUACAAGCAAGAUCGACGCAGAGACCUCGGUCUUUCCCAGUAUGACGUCCACAAGGACCACAGCGGCGUCGUCUUCUCUUCCGCCAAACGUCCAUUGCUCAACAACCGACCCGACUAUAUCAACUGGUCGGGCCACCGUCCUCGCGAGCUCAGUGCCGAGUUGAUCAUGGUCGGAUUCCUCGACCAGUCGGGCGUGCCGUACGAUGUGGUCACUGACCACGACCUUCACACCUACGGCGCCUCCAUGCUCGCGCCCUACACGACGGUCAUUACCGGGUGUCACCCAGAGUAUCCUACUCUACAGUCAUAUGCGGCCUACGAAGGAUUUGUGCAGCAAGGAGGAAACAUGAUGUAUCUCGGUGGAAAUGGUUUCUACUGGGUUUCGGUGACAGACCCAAAACGACCAUGGCGGUCAGAGGUCCGCCGUGGAGGCCAGGGAGUGCGCACUUCGUGGCAGGAGCCUGGCGAGCGGCAUCACUCUCUCAACGGCCAGCAAGGGGGCCUUUGGCGGGAUUAUGGCAAGGCGGCGAAUUACUUGGUGGGUAUCGGAUGCUGUGGAGAGGGACAUGGCGCAGGUGUCGCAUAUCGUCAGACCGAGGAUCUUCGCAAAUCCCAUCCCGAACUGACCUCGUGGCUGUUCCGUGACAUUCCCGAAGACCAACUGAUCGGUGAGAAUUCUCUGGGCGAGUACGGUGGCGGCGCCAGUGCCGACGAGAUUGACCGCGUCGACUUUGCCUAUGGCAGUCCCGCCAACGUGGUCGUGGUCGCGUCCAGCGUCGGCCACUCUGACGAUUUUGGCCUCUUCCCAGAAGACGUCAGCUUCCCCAUCCAGGGCACGCUGGGGACCCAGACCAACCUGAUUCGCUCGGACAUGACAUACUACGAGACGAGUGGUGGAGGGGCAGUCUUUUCCGUGGGCAGCAUCAGCUGGUACUGCGGACUGGGAUAUAACGGGUACGACAACACGGCUGCGCUGGUGACGAGGAACGUGUUGCUAGAAUUUGCAAAGGGGCCCAAAGGAACUAUUAUCCAGCAGUAG